UCACGGAUCAAAGUCGAUCAGAAAAGGUAUUAUUAUUGCUGCUCAUCAACAUCGCCCAAUCCUCCCCUCCCAUCCCAUCCGAUCCGAUCCGAUCCGCUACGGUCCACUCUUCAUAGCUCGAUUGCCCGCUCGCCCGCUCGCCACUCCAAGUCUGGAAGCAGGCUGGCAGCACAUCGCUUUUGCUGCCGUGACCCUUUUGUGCCGAGCAUGGUCAAGAGCAUCUGGCUAGAUGCUGAUCCGGGCCACGACGAUGCCGUAGCGCUCUUGCUAGCGCUGUUCGGUCGAUCGAGCAGCACGCACACCUCGCCAGAUGUGCACCUCUUGGGCCUCUCUACAGUUGCGGGAAACGCGUGCGGACUAGCCACUUGGCAAAACGCUGCAAAGUUGCUGGUGGCCUACGGUGCGGAUGAUGUGGAGAGGCGCGGGGGGAGGGAGAGGGAGAGGGACAUUGCGCUCAUCAGAGGGGCGGAUGAACCUUUGGUGCAGAGCGUCAGAGCAGACGCUGCGAUUCAUGGAGAGGAUGGAUUGGGAGGCGUGAUGGGUCUCCCUGCGCUAUCCGACCCGCGCGUUCAGCAAUACCUGCAGCACUCCCAUUCCCGCAACGCCAACGGACUUCACACCUUCAUCUCGCACCUGAUCGCCUUGCUGCAAGAGCGCACUUCCAAAGGUCUUGCUCCCAUCACCAUCGCAGCCACGGGUCCUCUGACAAAUAUCGCCAUGCUGCUCAAGUGCGCUCCCAAGCACCUGAUCCGAGCUGGUGUGCAGGAAAUCGUUCUCAUGGGCGGAGCUGCUGGAUGUCCAGGGAAUAGAGGACCUUUGGCAGAGUUCAACAUCCUCGUGGAUCCCGAGGCAGCCAGCAUAGUCUUCGAUUACGAUAUCCCCGUCACCAUGGCCGGUCUCAACGUGACUCACCAAGCCAUCUUUACGCCAGAACUACAAGCAACUCUGACGGCAAAGAAAUCUCCAAUCCGCACGCUCCUCUCGAGCGCCAUGACCUUUUUCGCUCAAACCUACGAGACGGAAUUCGAUUUCAAGUGCGGUCCUCCAGUGCACGAUUUCCUCGUUUUGGCCUACAUCAUCUCUCCUCAUCUCUUUAGCGGGCCAAAAUCAUCAUCAUCAGACGACAAUGGCGAGCCAGCGCGCUAUCGCGUAGAUAUUGAGCGCAACGCGCACAGUCCCGCUUUUGCAGCUACCGUCGUCGACUUUCAUGAUCAGUGGCGUCAGCAGCACCAGCAGCAGCACCAGCAGCAGCAGCAGCACGACGAAACGUGGGGCAAGGGGGGGAGAAAUGUCAGGGUUUUGCAACAUGUAGAUGUCCACGGGCUUUGGAGUUUGUUCUUUGAUGCAGUCGAACUUGCCGAGCAGCACCAGCAGCACCAGCAGCAGCACCACUCGAAGCAAGAAUAAGUGAACCCCUGCCCAGCGGCAACGCACCCACGAAUGAAAGGGACAAACGAAGCCACGCGCGUGGUCCCCUCACUCCUGGCGGCAAAAGGAAGAUUUGGAGGGGAAGGGGGGGAGGGGCCGCACGAUAGCUCCCUGGCACGACCAUUUGCAAAAAAGUGUUCUGCAUCACGUAAACCCACAUCACGUUUGCAACAAGAUACACGCAC